UGCUGUGUGUGUGUGUGUGUCUGUCUGCCUCUGAGCCUGCUGGGAGUUGCUGGGGGGAGAAACCGUCGAGGGAGAGCGAACAUAGGAACAUAGUGGGGGGUUAGUGUGUGUGUGCGGGUCCCAAACUGGAAACCACUACCAAACAAGCACACACAGGUCGACUUUAAAGCCCUCCGGACGGACUGGUUUGUUGGCACUACUUUUUCCAGAGAGGUUCUGCCGCGGAGACCCUCAAACUUAUGCGUGAAUGUUUUCUCUUCUUCUUCUUCUGUGGUAGCAGCAGCAGCAGUGCUGUUGCGCCUCGACGCCGACUGACUGCUGCUCUCAUACAGCUACUUGGAUUCACUGGUUGGAGCAGCAUUGCGCAGUGAGCCCCGCUGUGUGUAUCCACCGCUUCUUAUCCAGAGGGAAGAGAGGGGAAAUGAAGAACUGAGUCGAGCUUGAGUUAAAUCCAGUGUCAUUUAGUGUCGCGCCUCUUCUUCUCCUCCUCGUCCUGUGUGGGAUGAAGCGGCGGCUGCUGUAGGAGACCGCUUGUUGACAAACAGUUUGUUUUUUUACAAGAAGUUUACAGCAAGAAGACAGAAAAUGUCCACGCCGAGGUUCAAAAAGGAUAAAGAGAUCAUCGCGGAUUACGAGAGUCAAGUGAAAGAGAUCCGGGCCCAGUUGGUGGAGCAGCAGAAAUGUCUGGACCAGCAGACGGAGAUGAGGGUCCAGCUGCUGCAGGACCUCCAAGAUUUCUUCAGGAAGAAGGCCGAGAUUGAGAUGGAGUACUCCAGGAACCUGGAGAAGCUGGCCGAACGCUUCAUGGCUAAGACUCGCAGCACCAAGGAUCACCAGCAGUACAAGAAAGACCAGAACCUGCUGUCCCCAGUCAACUGUUGGUACCUGCUGCUGAACCAGGUGAGGAGGGAGAGUAAGGACCACGCCACACUGAGCGACAUCUACCUCAACAACGUCAUCAUGAGGUUCAUGCAGAUCAGCGAGGACUCCACGCGGCUACUCAAGAAGAGCAAGGAAAUAGCCUUUCAGCUCCAGGAAGACUUGAUGAAGGUCCUUAACGAGCUAUACACAGUGAUGAAGACCUACCACAUGUACCACUCGGAGAGCAUCACCGCCGAGAGCAAGCUGAAGGAGGCUGAGAAGCAAGAGGAGAAGCAGAUCGGCAGGGGAGAGCCGGUCUUCAGCAUCCGAAUGGAGGACAAAUACCAGAGGCGCAGCUCUGUGAAGAAGAUCGAGAAGAUGAAAGAGAAGCGUCAAGCCAAGUACUCCGAGAACAAGCUGAAGUCGAUCAAAGCGCGGAACGAGUACCUGCUGACACUGGAAGCGUCAAACUCCUCCGUUUUCAAAUACUACAUCCACGACUUGUCGGACUUAAUUGAUUGCUGUGAUCUAGGGUACCACGCCAGCCUGAACCGGGCCCUGCGGACCUACCUGUCAGCCGAAUACAACCUGGAGACGUCACGUCACGAGGGCCUCGACAUCAUAGAGAACGCCGUGGACAGUCUGGACCCACGAAGUGAUCGUCAGAGGUUCAUGGAGAUGUACCCUACGGCCUUCUGCCCACCGGCCAAAUUUGAGUUCCAGUCUCACAUGGGAGACGAGGUGUGUCAGAUCUCAGUGCAGCCACCGGUGAACGGAGAGCUCAUCCUGAGGUUCCAGCAGCUUCAGUCUCGCCUGGCUACUCUGAAGAUCGAGAACGAAGAGAUCAAAAAGACGUCGGAGGCCACCCUGACCACCAUCCAGGACAUGGUGACCAUCGAAGACUACGACGUGUCCGAGUGCUUCCACCACAGCCGAUCCACUGAGUCGGUCAAGUCCACUGUGUCGGAGACGUACCUCAGCAAGCCCAGCAUCGCCAAGAGGAGGGCCAACCAGCAGGAGACGGAGCAGUUCUACUUCAUGAAAUUCCGGGAGUUUCUGGAGGGCAGUAAUCUCAUCUCCAAACUGCAGGCCAAACAUGACUUGCUGAAGAGGACACUUGGUGAAGGCCACCGAGCUGACUACAUGACCACAAGACAUCCCAACGGGGCAUUCAGAACCCUCGGCGGCACCCGGCGGGCUAGACCCCGCUCUGUUUUUAAUGUUAGGUUAUUUAAUGGCAAUUUGGAGUCAUUUAUCAAGGACUCUGGACAAGCUAUCCCCCGUGUGGUUGAAAGCUGUAUUCGCUGCAUAAAUUUGUAUGGCCUCCAACAUCAAGGAAUAUUUCGCGUAUCUGGAUCCCAGCUGGAAGUCAAUGACAUCAAGAACUCAUUCGAAAGAGGAAACGACCCCCUGACGGACGAUGAGAACGGUCAUGACAUCAAUUCGGUGGCUGGCGUUCUCAAACUGUACUUCCGUGGCCUGGAGAACCCUCUUUUCCCCAAAGAGAGGUUCAACGAUCUGCUGUCAUGCAUCAGAAUAGAGAACCUGUAUGAGAGAGCGCUGUACAUCCGUAAGAUCCUCCUGACCAUUCCCAGAUCAGUCCUCAUCGUCAUGCGCUACCUCUUCGCCUUCCUCAACCACCUAUCCCAGUACAGUGACGAGAACAUGAUGGACCCAUACAACCUGGCCAUAUGCUUCGGCCCCACGCUCAUGCCCACACCAGACAGCCUGGACCAGGUCUCCUGCCAGGCCCACGUCAACGAGAUCAUCAAGACCAUCAUCAUCCACCACGAGACCAUCUUUCCUGACGCCAAAGAACUGGACGGGCCCAACUAUGAGAAGUGUAUGGCUGGAGGAGACUAUUGUGAGAGCCCCUACAGUGAGCACGGAGCCCUGGAGGAAGUAGAAAACGAGGGAGGGACAGAGACACACACCAGCGAGGAUGAGGGCGAGCCCAUUGAAGCCAUUGCCAAGUUCGACUACAUUGGGCGCUCUUCCCGAGAGUUGUCCUUCAAGAAGGGCGCCUCCCUGCUGCUGUAUCAGCGGGCGUCAGAAGACUGGUGGGAGGGACGGCACAACGGCAUCGACGGCCUGGUGCCACACCAGUAUAUUGUGGUCCAAGACAUAGAUGACAGCUUCUCAGACACUCUGAGUCAGAAGGCUGACAGCGAGGCCAGCAGCGGCCACGCCGGAGAGGAUAAAUGCUUGGGGAAAGACAUCGGCUCGCCCUCUGACACCAGGAUCUCUGAGGCCUAUAUCACCAGCAGGCACAAGAAAAGAUCAGACCCGCCAUCUCGGCGGCCCCCCGCGCGCCCCAGCGAUGUCCACUGCAUGGUGCAUCCCUCCCAGCAUGGUCACGGAGGUCACGGAGGCACCCCAGAAAUGGGCUCCCCGGUCCUAGGCCACUUCAGCCCACGGGACAUGCUGCGGAGUCGCAACCACAUGCCCAUGGACAGCCCCGAGCGCCGCCGCCGCACCGGCCACGGCAGUCUGACCAACAUCAGCCGCCACGAGUCGCUGAAGAAGAUGGAGAGCCCCCCAAUCCGCCGCUCCACCUCGUCGGGCCAGUACACGGGCUUCACCGACGCCCACCACCAUCACCACGGCGGCAAGCCCCUGGACCCGGAGACCAUCGCACAGGACAUAGAAGAAACUAUGAACACCGCUCUGAAUGAGCUGCGUGAGCUGGAGCGGCAGAGCUCAGCCAAGCACGCCCCCGACGUGGUGCUGGACACCCUGGAGCAGCGGCAGACCUCCGGCGGCGGCGGUGGUGGCAGCGGCGGGGGCCCUACGCCGGCCAGCUCCAGCGAGUCCCUCAGCCCCAUCCACGGCAUCAUGCUGAGGUCCACCGCCAACACCGAGCCGCCCAUCCGCCGCAGCACCAGCUCCUCCAGCGACACCAUGAGCACCUUCAAGCCUCUGGUAGCGCCCCGCAUGGGGGUGCAACUCAAACCCCCCGCCUUGAGGCCCAAGCCCAUGGUCCUGCCCAAGUCCAGCCAGGCCUCGCAGCCUCCACCUACGUCUGCUCAGGACCCUCUGGACAAGUCCUGCACCAUGUGACCUCUGGGACAGGAACCAGAGGUGUAAAAAACAAAAAACUCUUUAGCAACUUCCAGAGGGGGCUGAAAAAAUGCUACCACUGUAUACACAUAUGAUAUCUAAGAGAGUGUAAAAUACAUGGACCUGGACAGGUAAAGAUGUUUCCUUGUGGUGUUUUGAAGCAUAAAGAAGACUCUGACAGGAUCUGAGAGACUCACGUAGGAGCGUUACAGGGGUGACAGAUUUUGUCGGACUAAUCUAAUCUGUCUCAAUAACAUGUGCUCAGUUAUGUGUUAAUACAAUUAGGUUAAUAUUAUCUAACGUUUUUUGUUUUUUAAGAAAUACAAACAACAAAUCACAAAGGCUUCCUUCAAGGUUUUAGAAAAACUGUACACUAGUUAGUUUAGUUUACAGACAUUCACGAACUGUGUAACAAAACAAAACACGCUGCAUGUAGCUCCUUUUGUUUACCACUGAACCUGAAACAGAGCUCGAUGAGAACCGCAGCGACAUUCUCACACAAAGAACUAGAUAAUGUACUUGUUUUACUCUUAACCUAGGAGGGCCAUUGAAGGUGUUGUGAACUGGUCGAAAGGCCCUCAUUGACUUUUGAGAUGUAACUGAUUUCACAUGUUAAAAUAUUCUAAAGGUGCUGUGACUACCUGGAACAGAAAUGGUUUGAAGGGUUGGACUGAUGAUGACGGGCCUGAAGAGCCCUUUAACAACUAACGGUACUGUGUUUAAUAGAUAAUAGUACUGAUAGCGGUGUGCUUUUCUUCACUAGUGUGUAAACUCUGCAACUUUCUUCGGCGAGGCGACGCCGUCUGUUGUGUCUCAGAAAUGUACAAAGAUCACCUCUGUGCUGGAUUCACUCAAAAUUUUAUUUUAACAUAAUAUCCAUAUUGCCUGGAAUGAGAUAUGACUAUUGGAUAAAACCACUACUUCAUUAUGUUUGAAUUUGAUGCAUUAUGCCUCAUAAUAACUUAUGCCUUUGCAUCUGUAUAACAAAAUGGGGAGCAGUGUGAGAAAUUCAAAUCAUCUCCUACCUACAGUAUAUACAACACAUAAUGCUAUAUUAGACGGUGUGGAGCACACGCCAUAGCUUCUUUUAACGCCUCGCUUGGCUUUGUCUACCCAAAGACAUGACUGUACAAGUAGAAGUAUGGAUGUUGACCCUCCAUAUAUGAUGUUGACACGUGUGUGUGUGUGUAUAGACUCAUGGCGGCGCCCUGUGGGAGCGCCGCCGGUAGCCAUGGACCUAAUGACUGUUAGUGUGAAAGCCUCCUAAUAUUGUUCGCCCAGCUUUUUAUGCUUCGCUGAAAACAGCAGCUUUGCUCGGUGUCCCUUCCAAGUCUGUUUUAUGUUCAGGAGAGAAUGUCAAUAAUGGGUUUUCGUAUUGUUCUCUGGCUGAUAGCGAGGCUCUCUCCGUGGAUUUUCUGUGGCAGAAGUCUCACACAGUCGGCGAUAAACAGCCUGCGUGUGUGAGUGUGUGUGUGUGUGUGUGCCGGUUGAGUAAUAAUUUCAAAUGCAAUAGCCACCUAAAACUGUACGUGUCACAGCUUCCAACUGUGUGACUGCACCCCUGUACUGUAUGUCUUUUUUCCCAAAUAACCUCAGUACUGUAGAAAUAACAGAGCUGGGUGCAUGUCCUGGGCUAAGCUUAAUAACACACAGAAAAGACUUGGUUUGCGAUGAAUAAGCAAUGCUCUCUAACAGCAGGUUUACACUAUCUUUGACUUGACAGAUAUUGUGUGUAUAAUAAUCGAAAAAGAUGAUUAAUUUCUGACUUACUAACUUUCAUUAUUUUUGUAAUCAUUUUUGUUAUGUUUCUGGGUAAAAAAUGAUUUAGAACAAAUGAUGUAGAAUAAAAUAUCCAGAGAUACAGUAUGAAGCCAGUUGUAAAAAAAAAAAAAAAGAAAAAAAAAAAAGUGUGCUUUUGUCACUAUGUCACCAUCAACAGUAGGACUCCGUUAUUCCGUCUGUAGGCUUUAAGCUACUCCGUGAUGUUAUGUACAUCUGUAGUAUGUACUUGUGAAAGUGCCUUUGAAAAUGUUUUAGAGGAACUUCAGACAUUCUGUGCUGUUGCAUUUUCACGUCCGAUGCUGUGCGCAGGAAGAAGACACAUGAAUAAGUAACGAUGCCAUUUUCCCAAACAGUUAUAUGACAGAAUGAAUAAUAAAUAAAACAGCUAACCCAUUGUGACAUUGCACUUUUAUGUAUAUAACUGUAUAUAUGGCAUGUAACAUCAUAACGUUUAGAGUUCUUUGAGGGCUUAUACCUCUGAGGAUUUCUUUCUAAUAAAGGAAAUAGUUUGUGGAGA